AUGUUCCUGUUUCCUCCUACCAUCCUGUGGCCUUUCCAUUUCCCCCACUCACCCCUCUCCCUCACACCCUCUCUCACACGCUCCCACGCACCCUCCCUCACAACCUCCCUCACCCUACCUCAAACUCUUCCUCACCUCACCCUUCCUCACAACCUCCCUCACCCUCUCUCACCCGCACAGGGGCAUAUCAGACGAGGAGAAGCCGACGAGGAGAAGCCAGUGCUGAGAGCGCGGCUGUUGGAGCUAGUAGCAGACGAGAACAGCCAGGUGGCCGUGCAGCUGGCCGUGCUGAUUGCUAAGAUCGCCCGCAUCGACUACCCCAGGGAAUGGUCCGAGCUAUUCCCCACGCUCCUGCAGAAGCUGCAGAGUCAGGACCCUCUGCUCACACAGCGUGCCUAUCUGGUUCUUAAUCACGUACUUAAAGAACUCUCAACCAAGCGCCUGAGUGUGGACCAACGCACCUUUUCUCAGGUGACCAGCCAGCUGUUUGAGCCCACCUGGGCGCACUGGGUGAGAGACACAGGGUCACUGCUGCAGGGCCUAACCGCCCUUGAGGCUGGAGGGUCAGACCCAGCAGCAGCAGCAGCAGGGGCAGGGGCAGCAGGAGGGGCGCUGAUGCUGCUGUGUGAGCGGUGGCUGCUGUGUGUGAAGACUCUUCGUCGCAUGCUCGUGUUCGGCUUCCCUUCUGAUUUCAAAUCCGUUCAGGAGGUUCCGGUACUGGAACAAGUGGUGCCCGCAUUUCUUGAAGCAGCGCAAUCGCUUCUUAACUUCCGCAAUCUCUCCCAGCAGCGCCCAGCCCUGCAACCCCUGCACACCUUCCUCUCACGCGCCUCAGUCAAGCUGCUCAAAACGCUCGUCGCCUCCCACGAGCUGCACCCCUUCUCAUUCGCCUCCAAAAACGUCCUCCUGCCCACCCUCGACUUCUGCUACACACAGAUCACCACCACCGACCCCACCGCCUCCUCCCCCUCCCCAUCCCUCUCCACCCCUCUUGCUGCUGCUACCAGUCCACAAACCCCCGCAACCGCCGCCGCCGCCGCUGCUGCGGCUACUGAUGCGUCCGCCUCCUCUUCAGCUUCCAGCCACGGCCUGUUUCUGAUAGAGUGUAUGCUGUUUCUGCAGAGUGUGCUGCGAUGUGUGGCAUACAAGCAGAACCCCACGGGGCAUGUGGUGGGGGCGGCAGUGGCAUCUGCUGAGGAGAUGAGGGGGAAGCUGUCAGGCAUGGCCCGGCAGCAGCUGCAGGGGUUCUUCUCGCAGGAGAAAGUGGUUACUCUGGGGGGAGUGCUCGUGCAACGCUAUCUGGUGCUGACAGCAGGGGAUUUAGAAGAGUGGGGUUUGGACCCAGAGGUGUUCUAUCACGAGCAGGGCGCCGUGCAGUGGAAGGACAAGCUGCGACCGUGUGCUGAGGCGCUGCUGUUGUUGUUGUUUGAGCAAUUCAAGGAGGUGCUCUCCCCAGCCCUCAUCGACAUGCUACGGCAGUGCAUAGAGGCAUGCCCCCCGCCUGCUUCCCCUGAUGCCGACGUGCCUGUCACCCCGGCUCUGCUACUCAAGGACGCAUGCUAUGAUGCCGUGGGGGUGGCGUGUUAUGAUCUGCACGAUGUUGUGGACUUCAAGACAUGGUUCACCACAGCACUCCUCCCAGACAUGGCAUGCCGCCACCCCAACGCGCGGAUCCUGCGCAGGCGGGCAGCAUGGAUGGUGGGGCAGUGGGUGGGCAAGGUGGAGGGCGACCUGUGUGUGCCAGCCUACCAGGCGCUCAUCUCCCUGCUGCCAGAUGAAGACCUGGUGGUCCAGCUCACAGCAGUGUCCUCUCUCCGCACGCUCAUUGACGACGUGCAUUUCUAUGAGGACCAAUUCGCUCAUUUUCUCGACACGGCAGUGCAGCUGCUCUUCCGAUGCCUGCAGCAGGUGUCGGAGUUUGAUUCGCAGCUGCAGAUAGUGAACGUGGUCUCGCUCAUCAUAGAGCGCAUGGGGGAGAAGAUCGUUCCUCUGGCCGACAAGAUCCUCUCGUGCUUGCCUCAGGUGUGGGAGCAAUCAGAGGGGCAGCCGCUGCUACGCAUUCAAGUCAUGCAGGCGUUGCAACGCCUCAUCGUAUCGCUCGGCCCGCAGUCUCCGAUCUCCUACCCGCUGCUCUUCCCCAUCCUGCGCUACAGCACCGACAUCUCCCAGCCUGAUGAACUCAAUAUGUUGGAGGACGGGCUUCAGCUAUGGCAAGCCACACUGCGCCAUGCACCAGCCAUGGUACCGGAAUUCAUGGCUCUCUUCGCCAACCUCGUGCCCAUCAUGGACCGCAGCUUUGAGCACCUGCCGGUGGCCACAGCAAUCAUGGAGAGCUAUGUGCUGGUGGGCGGGCCGGCGUUCCUGCAGCAGCACGCAGGGAGCCUCGUGUCAAUGAUUGAUGCGGUGGUGGGGAAUGUGAAGGAGAAGGCGAUGCUGCUGGUGGCGGGGCUUGUAGACCUCAUCAUCCAGUGUUAUCCAUCAGAGGCCCCUCCUGCUCUCGAGUCCGUCCUUCAGAAACUGCUGCUGAUAAUCAUCGGACCAACAGAAUACUCUGACCUCGUUAGAGGCACAUGCGCCACAGUGCUCGCACGGGUGGUGCUACAGAACAGCUCCUACUUCGCCCAGUUCAUAUCCGCCGACUCGACUCGCCACCUGCUGCAGCAGCAGUCAGCAGCAAAGGGCAACGCCCCUCCCCUUGCGCUAUUCCUGGAUGCUUGGUUGGAUAAGGUGGACUCUGUCUCAGUUCCAGCGAAGCGGAAACUUUCCACUCUGGCCCUGGCAGUGCUUCUGACGAUGCCUGAGCCGCAGAUACUGGAGAGACUCGACCUCAUUCUCUCCGUCUGCACGGGCUCUCUUGGGGAGGACAAUCCCGACAACACGCCGUUGCUGCCAGACAUCUCCACCGUUGGCUACGACUAUGCAUCGGUAUCAGACUCGAUUCAGGGAGGGGAAGGUGCUCCCGUGGAGUGCGAGGCUCUGAGGCGGCGCCAAGUGGCGUCCAUAGACCCCGUGCACCGGGUAGCAGUGGGGCCGUUCUUAAAGGAGAAGCUGCAGGCGUGUGUGGCUGUGCAUGGGGAGCAGCAAUUCCAAGCCGCCAUGGCCCGCGUUCCCCCGCCUAUUGUGUCUCAGUUGCAGCAGCUCUAG